AUGUGGAUUGAGGCUUAUGCUGCUAGAAACAGGACAGAAGUAACAGAAUUUGUUUUAUUGGGCCUGUCCAGCUGGCCAGAGAUGCAACCAGUUAUUUUUGGGAUCGUCCUUCCCAUGUACCUGGUGGCAGUUAUGGGCAAUGCUCUGUUAAUGACUGCUGCCCUCUCAGACCCCAAGCUUCAGACCCCCAUGUACUUCCUGCUCAGCCAACUUUCCUUCAUUGACAUCUCUCUGACAACCAUCACUGUUCCCCAGAUGCUGGUGCACACACUGUCUGUGAACAGAACCAUCUCCUUCAACUGCUGCAUGCUCCAGCUCUUCUUUUUCAUGGCUGUGGGCAGCAUGGAAGGCCACUUGUUGGCUGCCAUGGCCUAUGACCGCUAUGUGGCUAUCUGUGACCCCUUAAGAUACUCUGCCAUCAUCAGCCAUCACCUCUGCUUACGCAUAACAUUGACCUCGUGGGUGAUUGUCAGCCUCAACAGCCUCCUUUAUAGUGUGUUGGUCACCCGCUUAACUUUCUGUGGCAACCAGGUCACCCACUUCUUCUGUGACAUCACACCCUUGCUGAAGCUCUCCUGUACCCGGCCAGUGGUCAAUGAGAUGUUAAUAUUUACUGAGGGGGUAGCCGUGGUGGUCAGCCCCUUCUUCUUUAUUUUAGGUUCCUAUGCCCGCAUUGGUGUGGCCCUAACCCACAUGUACUCAGUUGCUGCCCUGCGUAAAGCCCUGUCCACCUGUAGCUCCCACAUCCUGGUUGUACUGCUCCUGUACGGCUCUGUGAUCUGUGUGUACCUCCGGCCAUCUUCCAGCUACGACUUGGACCAGGAGCGUCAGGUGGCCAUCUUUUACACAGUCGUUACCCCUAUGCUAAACCCACUGAUCUACAGCCUAAGAAACCAGGAGGUGAAGGGUGCCCUGCGAAGGCUUUUCAGGAAGCUCUGUAUCUCAAGCAACUUCCAACCUGGUUCCCAGGCAAACGGGGAAUGGCAGCACAGCUCCUGA